UGGCAGCACUGACUUGCAGAUAGCCCGAUAUUUUCAUUUUUAACUUUGAAAUGGGAUUGGAAACCACGCUGAAGCCUUGGAGUGUAUCAACCGCAGCCUAUGAUGGAGCUUUACGUUUUGAGUGCGAGAAAAUGCACCCGAGGAGUAAGUUCUCUUAAAUAAUACAUAUUCUUUUUAAAAAUACUAACUAGACCAAGCUGAUUUGACAACACUGACCUUAAAAUUUUGGCGCCAAUGUAAGCAAUGGCAAUAGUUGAAAUACUUUGUGUCAAUAAAAUUUGUUUUUAACCUUUUUCUAUUUCUGUUUUAUAUUGAAUAUUCGAUAGGGUUGUCUGUAUAAGUAUUUUUUAGGGCUAUUUUAAAAAAUAUCUUGUUGCCCCUAUCUAUACGAUCAAGAAAUCAUAAAAUCAGUUUUGAUAAAAUUUAAAUUUGAUAAAUGUGGCUACCAUAUUUAAGAAUGUCUUGUUACGCUUAGUUUAGGUAGUAAAUUUAAGAGCCAUGCCUUGUGAGCGCGGGAAUCAGACCAUUUUCACUAAUUUUAUAAUUGCAAAUAGAGGGAAAUUCAUAAAAAUGUAUUUUUUAAAGGCACUCCCCAACUCCAAUAAAUUAUGAAUAACUAUUAAUAAUGAAUUUUUUUUAACCUCCACCCCAGGAAAAAACACAUAUAUUAUUAUUAUUAUUAUUAUUAUUAGGCUUAUUAUAUAAGUAAACCAAAGCAGCCUGAGGGGUACUUUCAUGGAAAAAUAAGAGAACCAUGUUUAACAGCUUGAAAAAACUAAACAGGAUUGAUGCCAAGUUUGAAGUCUUCAGAUACUGAAAAUGAUAAAAGAUAUAGUGUUCUUUUACUCUUGAUCAAAUUUUUACCUCCCCAGCCUGUUAUUGUUAUAGAUGUGUGACAUCAUUUUCAUUUAUGGAUGUCCCUGUCUUAUAACUUAUACCUAAUUUGAUAAAAUAAAAAAACUCUUUAAGAUUCUAUUAUAACUAUUUAUGUCUCAUUGAUUUACAAACAUCUAGCAAGCUUAGAGGUCAAUUAAUAAAAUUAUUGAUUAGGCUACAGGGCAAGAAGGCUGAUUACCAAUUAUCUGCUGAUUAUUCUGUGCAACCCUUGUAUGAUUAUAGAUUGAAUAAUAGAGAGAUUUUUAUGUUGCAGAAAUAACUUGAAGAAUUAUUGUUAGAAAAUGUAUCUUCAGUUUUUUUUCUAGCUGCUAAUACUGUUUUCUUCUUUACCUUGACAAGUCUCUGUUGUAGAAUAAUCGGAAUAGUUGCUGAUAAUUAUCUUUCCUAUGAUCUUAUGCAACUGACAUGAUCCGCAUCUAACCAUUUAGCCCAUAAAAAUUUCAUAAUUUUUUCUAUAUGCAAUUAAUGGAAACAGCUCUCUAUCUUUUCGCAGCCACUCUUAUUGGACUCUCCAUUUUUGUUGAAGAACAGAUGACAAUUUCUGCUAUUAAUUAUUAUGUAUAAUAUUAGUCUUACCUUAAUUUUAAGGUUUGAAGCCUGGACUAAUUUGAGUAUCAGGCUAGGUAUGAAGGCUUAACUCAAAACUAAAUUAAACCAUAUCCAUAGGAUUUAUUUGAAAAUUAAUCUUUAUUCAUUCAUUCCCAUUUCUAGAGUAAAGCCCCUAUCCCUUCUCAAUAACCAUGACUUUCUCAAAAGGGGCGGUAGCUAGAAUGGCCUUCUGGCCUGGGCAGUGGCGUAGCAACGGUGUUUGGCGCCCGGGGACAAGAUCCAUUUUAAAGCGCCCCCUUUUCUUUUUUUCAACUCUCAAACCCAUUAUUUUUACCAAUAAUAUAAUAUCAAAACGCAUUUUGGCGCCCCUAACUAGCUUGCGCCCGGGGACAUCUGUCCCCCCCUGCUCGCCCAUCGCUACGCCUCUGGGCCUGGGCCUCAUUUAAAGACAUCUUAUUUUACACCAUUGACUGUAGGCUUUAGAAUCUGCCAAGGAGUCCAAAGGCUUCAAAAGGCCUCUCUUGAUCUCUGAAGGGCCCUAGAAAAUAAUUUCUAGUUAUCUCACCUGGGAACUGAGAUAGAAUUUAAACUGCCUGUGACUGUGUUGUUUAAAUGGAAAACCCCAGUUGAAUCAGGGCGUAUGUGAAGCCUAUGCAACAUGUAUUAAAUUUUGAAAUGUCUUUUUCAAUUAAAAAUUUUUGGUAAUUCAUUCUACUAUUUCAUUAGUAGUAUUAGAAAUAAGCACUGGGGCGCCUCAAGGUUGCGUUCUUUCUCUUGUUACAAUAUAUACCAAUGAAAUUCAGAGGCCAAGCAACACCGUUCCAAUAAUUAAAUUUGCUGAUGAUACUUCUAUCGUUAGCUUAAUAUCUGAAGGAGAAGGCUUAUAGGCCUACCAAAACUUAGUUACAGGAUUUAUCAAUCUGUGCGAUAAGAAUUUUCUCCAGUUGAAUGUCUCAAAAACAAAGGAAAUGGUUGUUGAUUUCCGUACCAGUAGCGAGAAACACCAGAGUGCAGAUCUCAACAUAAAAAAUCAAAGUAUAGAGAAAGUAGAGACAAGUAAGUACUUAGGUAUCACCAUUAAUAAUAAGCUAAAUUGUCAUGAACACGACCAAAGGCUAUUUAAAAAAUUCAAACAAACCAAAGACUUUUCUCUCUUAAAAAACUUUUCAAUAUCGGUGUAAAUAAAAAGUAUUAACUUAUUCUACAGUGCAACAAUUAGAAGCCUACUUAAUUUCAGUAUUACCCACUGAUGUGGAAUUUCAUUGUCUCAUUUCAAACACUGAAUAAACAGACUAAUCAGGAAAGCAUGAAACAUCACAUAAACUUAACAUCCUUCACUUUAAGAAAUUUUUUAAGAAAGAUGUUAUUGUAAAACUAAACAAAUUUUGGAUGAUACAUCCCACCACCUUCAUCACAGAUAUAUAAGUUUGGCCCAUUUAGGACCAAUUCUUUCUAAGAGUAAGAGGGAAGGACUGAAAGAUAUAAAAGUUUGUUUGUUCUCCAAUCUGUACGAAUUUACCAGUGUGCUCGCCGAGAGGUCACAAAAUCUAAAUGAUCACUAAUUAAGUCCCAUAUUAUGACUAAAGAUGUCCGCUGAUUGGCUGUUUCUUUACACUAAAGAAAUAAUUUAAUUUAUAUGUCUUGUGUUUAAAUUUUUUUAGUUGGAAAAUGUUGAGUUUAUUAAAUUAUGUAUUGAUUUAUGUGCUGAAAAUGUAUAUGUACAAUGCAAUCAAAAAACAUUUCCAUUUAUUUGGAUCAAUAAAAUAAUCUUAUAUUAUCUUAUUACUCAUCACAAUUAUUAUAAGGGUUAUAAGGAGUAAGUUGAUUGCAGAAAUAGAAGUGAGUGCUACUCUGUCACCUUGACUAUUAAAACAUGGCCCCCAUAGUCUGGGGAAUAAAACCCCGAAUUCCAACCUGACAAGCAGACUUCCUUCUGUGAAGUCAAUAAGUUAUAUUAAAUUACUUCAUCCUAUUUUGCUUUCAAUAAGUAUUGUAUUUGUUAACCCCUGCCCUGUUUUAAAGUUACAUAGACCUUAGCCAACAUUGUGACUAUCUGCUCUUUUAGACCCUAGCCAUCUUUGUGACUACCGGCAUUUGCCCUUUAGACCAUAACCAUCAUUGUGACUAUCUGUCCCUCCUCCCGGCAAUGUGUACCAAGUAUUUGUAUUUCUUUUCAGUGAUCAUAGUUGUGAUUUGAUGAAUAAAUGCUUUUUUAAAAAUCUUUUCUACCUUCAGUGAUAACAAGAGAAUUGAGAAUAGGCUUGAUAAUGGUGGAACUAUUAAUUCCUAACUUACAACCAGGUGCAGACAAGUCCUGGCCAAAUGAUGGAAGAGUGCAAUUUACAUGGAUUGGGCAGUAAGUUUUAAAUUUAUUUUCUAUUUAUUUGAUGCAUAAUUCAUUUUUGUCUGCGUGUUCAAUUCAAUGGGGAAAAAUAUUUUACAGUUUUCUUUAGUAUUAACACAGAUUGAUAUAAAUAUAAGCCAAGUAAUAACAAUUUUUAAUUGAGAAAAAUUAUUAUUUGAAAAUUAUCUAAAUUAAUCUUGAAAGGGCAUUUUAGCCAUGCAGUGAUGUCCAUUUGGGUUGAAUUUGAAGAUUUGGAAGAAAAUGAACACUUAUGUAUUGUUUCGUUUUUUUUUUUUUUAGAUGUGGUUUUGAUGUUAGAGUCUCAUUAAAAGUAGGUAAUAUUUACCAACUUUGGAUACGUAAAGUCAAAAAGUUGCCAUCAGAUAUAAUUCUACACAGUUCAUCUUGGGACGUAAGAAACAUUUUAAAACUUUGUUUUUAAAUCUCCUCUCAAUUUAAAAUAUAACCUGAAUUUGUGCAAUAGAUUCACAUCUUUUAAACAUAAAGACAUCAGUUUGUCUUUUUAAAUAUUUCUGUAAUUAUAUUCAUUAAAGCCAUAAAAACAGGUUUUCAAAAACACAGUUUUGUUCUACAGAAAGUAGUUCAUUUAAUUAAAUCAAACCAAAAAAUUAAUUCUUUCCCUUAAAGUUUAUUUAUUCAGUUUUUUUCUAUUUCAGUGUUUGAGUGGCAGGAUCGAGAUCAUGCUACAUACAAAUGUCACAUAUUCAUGGCUGCCCAUGCUACAUGUAAAAGGACUUGACCAAGCUUCUAGUGAUGAAAAUGAUGAUUAAUUACGAUUGUUUUUGUUUUUUUAAAUGGCAAUACAUUUUUCUUCUCAAGUCAUGUUGAGAAGCUUCAUAUCUCAGGGGUGCUUUUAUAAAAACGUUAAUGUUUCGCUAAAAAAAUCUCAGGGCCUUAAAGUUAUGUAGAAUAAUGAACUUUGCUGUUGCUCCAAGAAUAUUUUCUUUCUUUCUUGUGAGAAAUUAACUUAAUCAAAUCUUCCCUCAUGUUGCAUUAAAUUUUUGAUAAAACCUUUUUGCAUUUUCUACAUUGUUACAUAUAAUUUUAUAUUUACAUUUGUUACUUUAAGGUUUAUUGUAUUACGG